AUAGGAACAACAAGAAGGCCUGGAUGACCCGUGUCUUGUUCGAGGAGUGGCUGCUCGAGAUGGACAGCGUCAUCGAAAGUCAGGGGCGGAAGGUGGUGUUGCUGCUGGAUAACUGCAGCGCACACAACGUGAGCCCGAAGCUGACAUCAAUUGAAUUGAUGUUCCUGCCGCCGAAUACGACGGCAGGCUUGCAACCGCUAGACACCGACGUGAUUGCUAACUUUAAGGCGUUAUACCGGCGACGCAUGCUCGAGUGGCUCGUGUUGACGAUUGACCGCUCGGCUCCCGGUACGUCGGGCAAUCCAGACGGACCCUCUGAUGCCCCUGAUCUGAAGAUCAGCCUUCUAAAGGCCGUGCGCUUCAUUUACGGCACGUGGUACGAGGUGAAGCAGACCACCAUUCAGAACUGCUUCAGGAAGGCAGGCUUUGUGCGCCAGGACCAGCCUCCCUCGCCUAGUGACAGCGAGACUGGCACGGAAACUGCAGAUCUGACGGAGCUCUGGGAGCACGUCGCUACUGGUGACGCAGAUAGCGGGUGUGUCGCGUCGGUUGAGGACUUCCUGACGGCAGACAGUGCUGCUUCGUCCUGCGAAGAACUCACCGACCAGGCAAUCGUCGCGGAUGUGUUGUCGCGACAGACGGCGGCGUUGUGCGACGGCAGCGACAGUAGUGAUGAGGAGGUUGACAGCGCCCCUACGACCCCGUCGAUGACAACGCAAGGAGCACUGACGUCUAUCGACUCGCUGAUUGACUUCAUGCACGCCAAAAAAAAGCCGCCAGAGUUUUCGCAGCAGCUGGAAGCUAUGCGCACCGCGGUUGUGAAGCUCAAGCUUCCGCGGAAGCAACGGCAGAUUUCGGACUACUUCGGCGUGCCGAACCCGUGAUUCGCUCUUCGGAGGAAGAAAUAAAGUCUUGUUUUUGACAUCCUA